CAACGACAUGCUUGGGAGGAGAGUCAGGACUGUGGUAACAACUCAACUUCACAACCUGAUUUCCAUGUCGCCAAAGCUUGAUUUACGCGUCUGAAUAGCACAAGAUUUCACUUCUUUACUGUCUUUGAUUCUUCUCCUGCUCUUGUGGCCAACAAGCGCGCGUCAACUGCCAUCCCUGCCUACUUUCAGCACUACCUUUGGACGACCAAAGCAUCUACGAGGCUUGCCAUAACGUCUAACAGCAUUAUUUGGCUGCUAAUGAGCUUUAGUAAUAUACUGUGCAUCUAGAUAUAUCGAAUACUGGUUCAAAAUUGGCAGGCCAACCUUUCAAAGAGACGAGGCGCAUCGGAUCGAAACUUGGUUUGACAGCAUCAGAGUCAGACCUCUGUGAGGGCUACCCUUUGGGCAUUUCUAUGCAGUUUUCACAUUUACGAAUGCCCUGAAAAAUACAGGAUGGCGGCCGCUGCAACAUCGCUGGCAGAAGAGCUGCAAAAUAAAAUGGCGACUUCAGAAGACGAUGCGGAAUACGAAGCAGAUGACUCAGUGGAUCUGAUGGCAGAGAAUGAAGACUCAGUAGCUGCAAAUUAUCAGUUACAAAAUGGCAUCAUGGCAGACCAAGAGGGAGACGAGGAGCAUUUGCAUGCGGAAAAUGCUGCCAUGUCAGAUCAGGACGCGGAAGACGAAGACAUGGAGGUAUCGGCGCAGAAUAAUGUGGAGGAGGAUGAUAGCGAAGAUGGGGAGGAUGACGAAGAUGAAGAUGAGGAUGGAGAAGGCGUUGGUGCGGUCAAAAUACAGCCAGGCCUUCUGGAAGAUGAUGAAGAGGCACUAUCUGGAACAGAUGACGAUGGAGACGAGAGUGUUGUGACUGUGGAGGAUGACGAUGAAUCGAAAGACUCGGAUACUGAAGUGGAAGUGGAAUGGAAAUCAACCGCGGGGGAAGAGGAAGAAGAGCCCGCGAAUCCAAAUAGGUGCAUGUAUGUUGGGGGAAUUGAUGGAAACUGGAAUUCACAUUCGCUAACUUAAUUAGAUUCUGUCACCAGGAUGAGGAUAAUGACCCAAGCGAAGAGUUUGAGGUAUAUCUGUCGUGUGCUGUUUGCGGUGAUAACGGUGGGUAAAAUACUGAUGUUCACUAUGACAACGCUGACUCUUGCUUAGCUCACCAGCAAUGCGCUCGCAGCGCUGGAGGCAAAAUCCCAGAAGACGGUGAAUCCCCCUGAAUAUAAUGUAUGAGAGUAUUUACUAAAUUCCAAGCAGAGCCAGAGAGAUGGUGUUGUCCUGAAUGCGUUGCAAAUAAACUUGUACCAGAAACUUUAAUGCCUCAGGUUGAAGAGCACCUCGACUCCUCGGCAAGAAGAAUAUCCAGGGACCGACUACCAGGCGAUCUGCUUCCAUCUCAAAGAGGCACCAUCAAACCGGAUUCUCAUUCGGUCUUCAACCAGUUGAUAGCACCAGACGACCCUAUGGACGGCUCUCGUUUAUUGCGAAAGAGAAAACCAUCCUCUACGGAGGUCGAUGGUGAUGAACCUGUGUCAGGUACCCCGAGAAGGCGGAAUAGAGAUAAUGGCUCUAGUCACUCGAGAACGCACGUGGAUGGAGCAAAUGGUGCCGAGACAGACAUGCCGCCACCAGACCCCAAUCCCUCAAAGACUAAUGGUGACAGCAAGAACGAAGCACCGGCUAGCCCACGAAUUUCGAGAUCACUCCGGCCCAAGGUUGCUCAUAUAUCGCAUGCAACUGUUCUGGAGCGCGCGCCACAGGUCAUGAAAUUGAUGUUUCGUUUGAAUCCAGCAGAUCUUGAACACAUUCAAGCGCGCCCACCCAGACCCAUCAGGAGAAGAAAUCGACCUGUUGGCGCCGCCACGACACCCGCACCUGCAAUAUCAGGCGCCUCAUUCGUACCUUCCAGCUACCCCGCUCAACCUUUUUAUUCGCUCCACGAAAGGGAGAUGGACGAACUCAAAUCUAAGCCUUAUGGUGGCAUCUUGAGUGAAGCGGAAGCUGACACAUCGAUGACUCUGCCCAAACCCGAACACCGACGGCAAUUUGAUGAGGCUAGACAGAAAGCUGAGGAAGAGUGGAAGGCGAGAGCAGAAGCUGCCGCUGAGGCCGCUGCCAUAUCAGGUAUCAAGAAGCCGCGAAAAGUGUCUGGGCCCGCUAGCCAGAUCGAAUACAUCGAAUUUGGUCAAUUCCAAAUCGACAUAUGGUAUGCUGCACCAUACCCCGAAGAAUACAGCAGAAACCAGGCACUCUUCAUCUGUGAAUUUUGUCUAAAGUACAUGGAAUCACCAACGGUUGCUUGGCGACAUAAGACGAAAUGUCCGUGGAAGCAUCCUCCUGGAGACGAGAUCUACCGACAUGAAAAUAUCUCCAUGUUCGAAGUUGACGGCCGAAAACAAUCGCUUUACUGUCAGAACCUUUGUUUGCUAGCCAAGUUGUUCCUGGGUUCUAAGACACUCUACUAUGAUGUCGAGCCCUUCUUGUUCUAUGUUCUGACCGAAUAUGACGAGCUAGGCUAUCACUUCGUCGGUUACUUCUCCAAGGAAAAACGACCAACUAGUCUCAACAACGUAUCGUGUAUUUUGGUGCUCCCAAUAUUUCAGCGGAAGGGUUACGGUAAUCUCCUCAUUGACUUCUCAUACCUUCUUACUCGUGUCGAGAAGAAGACUGGCUCGCCAGAAAAGCCUUUAUCAGACAUGGGACUGGUCUCUUAUCGGAACUACUGGCGCUUGGCCCUUUGCCAUUACCUGCAACACUACAAAUCCGGAGACCCAGUACCAAGUAUCAGGCAAAUGUCGGACGAAAUGGGCUUGACCCCCGACGACGUCAUUUCCGCCCUUGAACAAUUACAAGCUCUGGUUCGAGACCCUGUGACUGGUGUUUAUGCUCUACAAUUGAAGACCGAGCUUUAUCGGGAUGUAAUUGCGCAUCACGAGUCGAAGGGUUAUGCCUCCAUCGAUCCUAAGAAACUAGUCUGGACUCCAUACAUAAUGGGUCGAGGAAACGCGUUUGAUCAUGCACCCACUACCGAAUCAAUGGCUCAUCGCGAAGACGAUGAAGAUGACAACACCGACUUCGGCAGCCACAAUGGUAGUAAGAGAGAUUUUGGAACUUUCGUAGUCAAUGAUGGAAGAACCGAAGACAUUACGGAUUCAAUGGGGAAGUUAACCACGAAAUCUCGCGAACCUUUCGGGCCAGGAACUUCUGUUGGAUCUGCCGAAUCCAGUGUGAUGGCCAAAGCCAACGGCACGCGGAAUCUUGCAUACUAUGAGGCCGCAGCUUCCAUCCCGCCAACCAGAUUUGAGGUAUUUCCCCCUUUACCAGGAAGUCGAAAUCGGAACACACCUCGUCCUUCAGGUUCUCGACCAAGACCUCGACCUCGACCAAGAUCAACCAACACAACACCAUCGCGUCCUGCUGCUAGAUCUGGUGGUUCUUCGAGACGUUCCGCUACCUCACGCAGUUCAAGAAGAAGUGGCGGCACUGGUCGUGGACCUGGCAGAUGGCCUAAAGGUACCAAGAAAUCAGAUUUCGGAAUGGCCGACAGUGGUCCUGGUAUGCCACCAAAAUUGACGAGUCGACGUAGCCAGCUUGGGAAUGAGGUCUUGCUCGGUGAAGAAGAAGAAGAAGAAGAAGAGGAUGAGAUAGGAGAAGAUGCUGAGUUGGAAGAGGAGAAUGAGGAUGGGAUUGUGUAUGAUAACACCCCCGCUCCCAGAAAAAGAUCAAGCCGAGAUUCCACUCGAGGUCAGGGAAAACCCAUUCUAGGUGGAAAAGGCCCUCUCGUGGGAAACGGCCUAGGGAACAGCCUUGUGGCUCAAGAUGACGCAGAUGAGGAAAUGGGGGAUGCUCCCCUCGUUGACGGGGAUUUGCCUCAAGAUGAUAGUGAUGGAGAGGAGAAUUAAGGUCCACAGAACGGCAAAUACUCACGAAAUAAAGGAAUACCUUCGGCGCUUAACGGUGUUGUUUGGAAAUGGCGUUUUUGGGGGAAUUGGGUUGGUUGAUACCUUGGAAGGGCUUUGGGAGCGAUGCUUUAUCUUGUUGGGCGGAGCCUACCUCUUUUAGCCGCUGUCAUGGGCAAGUUCCCAAACCCUGUAUUGUACAAGUAUGUAUUUCGUGGAGCUUAGAAACAAGAAUAUGAAGAUG